AUGCAUAUAACACGCCAUGCAUCAAUUCAUGCCGUGACUCUCCUCGAUGUUCCGUCUGAGUCUGAGGAUGACACACUGUUCCCUACAAGGCAUGUCACGGAAGUGGUGAAGGCUGUUCACAACCAGGAGGGACCUUUGCCACACGAGUCACCAUUCUACGCCGAGCUCAAGGCUCAUGCGCAAGUCGUGGAGUCUAUCCUGCUCGCAGCACGAGAGGUCGUCGGUCGCGUCAGCAUUGUGACCCUUGCUCGACGGCCUUGGGUGGAGACCUCCGCAUCAUGGUACCUUCCUGGUGUCGACUUUGACAAGCUCAUGCAGGACCUUGAGAUCGAGGUGUUCUAUGCACGUGAACAUAUCACGCGACCGCACAUCUACAAUGCUCAGUUGGAGGAGGGCGUUGACAUGUUCGUGAUUGCGAAGCGGAAUGUGCAACACGCAGUCCUGCCGUGCACAUGA